AUGUGGAACGCGCUUGUGCGGAUCAUGUCCUACCUCAACGAGACGAAGGACCUCGGGAUCACCUACGUCCGCGGAUCAGGGCUAGACCUAGACGUGUUCGUCGAUUCUAGUUACGCCGACAGCACCGUUGACAGGCGUUCGACGACGGGGCUAGCCGUGACUGUAGGUGGGACCGUAGUGUGCGCAUCCACGAAGACACAGCCAGUGACGGCUCAGUCGACCACGGAGGCAGUGGUCCGUGAGGACAACGAGGGGGCUCUCGCGUUGGUGCAGAACCCUUUCAGCUCGGCGAGGAGCAAGCAUAUCGACGUGCGGUUCCACUUCAUCCGCGAGCUCUUCAAGGCGGGCAAGAUCACCGCAGAUUAUGUCUCGACAGAAGAGCAGCACGCCGAUAUGCUGACCAAGGUCCUUGGUAGGGGCAAGUUGGAGUACCACCGGAAGGCUCUGAUGAUCCUGCCGAUGUAG